UUUCCACACAUAUUCAUGUAUAAAAUAUUUAAUCGUUUCAAUAUAAAUGUUUACACGUAGUUUAUAAUAGUUGAAACACAUUUAUCUCUAAAUUUUAAACGGUUUUAUUUAACAUUACACAACUUUUUUUAACCUAACAUCAUGUAUAUAGCACGUUAUAUAUUACUACGCAUCACUGCGCAUGCGUGAGCAGAGAAAGAAAGAUACUCGGCACUUGCUUUCUGUCUCUUUCUACCUGAUCUUCAGUCUUCACAAGAGUACACGCGCAGUCUAUUCUUACUAUGUCUAUGACGACUACACCGUGGAAACAGCUGAUGUAAGCUGUGACGUUGCUUACGCAUGCGCACAACGCGCUUUCACGUGGGAAAAGUUCCACGAGUGUGCAUCAUUGCCUUGUUGUAUAUUUAUUAUAUAUUUAUAUUUAAUGUUGUAUAUUUAUAUUUAAUGAACAACAAAGAAUGAAAUGUUUGCGCUAACAGCGUGCUCCCCGAACGCACCCUAAGCAUAUGAUUCUAAAACAAUUAAAGGAAUAAGUAUUUUCCAAAAGGUCAAUUACAUUAUUGCAAUGUUUACGUACAAAUAGCUCUGAAAGGAAAUAGAAAGAGGAUGGUUACGUUCGUACUUAAGGAAUAAGAAUGGUUAUCAUUUAUUAGAUAAAAUAUUUCGAAAUGUUGGUAGUAUUGAUAUAAUUUAUAUAUUGCAACUUUGACUUUUGUUGUAUAACGCAGUAAUACUGUCAUUGUUGGAAGAAGAACAUUCUAUGUUGAACGCAGUGUUACACUGUAUCCUCUGUGACCCUUAUUGGAAAACAGCCAAGAUGGCAGACACUUUAAAACCAAAAAGGAUCUUAUUAUUUAGUGGCAAAAGAAAGUCAGGGAAGGAUUAUAUUACUGAUAUUUUACAUAAAAGGCUUAGUCCACAAGGAAGCACAAUUAUACGAUUAUCAGGACCUAUAAAAACUCACUGGGCCAAGUUAUUGAAUCUUGAUUUGGAUCAAUUGCUUGGGGAUGGAAAAUACAAGGAGGAAUAUCGCAUUAAAAUGUGUGAAUGGGGGGAGAGUAUGAGAGCAAAAGAUAGUGGUUAUUUUUGUCGAGCUGCUAUUGAUAUGUAUAAAGCAAAGGACAAACCAAUAUGGAUAGUAAGCGACCUCAGAAGAAAAAGUGAUAUUGAGUGGUUCACAAAAAACUAUGGAGAUAUAUGUAAAACUAUUCGUAUAAUUUGUUCUGAUGAAAUCAGACAAAAGCGUGGAUGGAUUUAUACAUUAGGUGUAGACGAUGCAGAAACAGAAUGUGAUUUGGAUGAUGUAAAUACAUGGGAUAUCUUAUUGGAGAAUAAUGAUGAAAACUUAGAAAAUAUCCUACAACAAUUGCUAGAAUUAGUUGAUUAAGAAAGGUUAAAUGCUUGAUAUAUAACAUACCAUAAUUUUUAUAUAUACA